AGAGCGCUGCCUUAGCUGCUCGGUCGGUGUAUGUAGAAGCGCUCAUACAUUUUUCUUGUUCGAUGUCUUGUUUUGGUGCAAGAGCUCCGGCUUAUAGCGUAUUUGACGUACACCUGUUAAUUUCAAAUGUUGCUGGGAUUGCGAAAAUAUUUGUCGUUUAUUUAUCGACACUACAUCGAAAUCUAUACUGAUCCUUUUCACUGUCAGAUGUACCCUCUAAGUUAAGCGGUUUGCUCGAACAUAAAUCCAAUAUGUCUAAGCGUCGUGCAUGGAGGCAUCCCAAACAAGAUCACAGUGUUUAUGUGCAACAGUUGUUUAAAGAUUUUCUUGCCCGUAACACUGUUAAUUCCAUUGCAAAUCGCUCAAUUGAAACGCGGAAGAACUUCUCCCGUGCCGAAAGCAAAAUUUCUGAAAAUUGCAAACAACGAGGUAUAUUUGACCGUGCGGUUUAUGCGCGCUUUGAGCGUAAUACAAAUUGUGGAGGCUUUAUUCGUCAAGAACCAACGCGCAGAUCGAAAACAGGAUUAAUGCGAUGGAUUGAUCAGCAGUGCAGCAAACACGAACAACGAGCUGUAAUUCAGAAAACUUCUCGAAAGGAUGAUUACCUGAAUUUGCCUGGCAAUUUUUUUUCCGGGACAGAACAAAUGAAACUGCCGUUCGAUAUGGCUGACAGGACGCUAGGCAAUGUGACGAACAACUUUAUCCCACCAGCAACAUCGACACCUUUCGAUCGUUUGACUUCUUUCGGCGUGUCGGGGGUAUUAUCUGAUCCAGACGAAUUUCAGACUAAUCAGCCCAAUCAAAAGAAAAGUGCCUGCUUCAAAUCUACCAUAUGGGAUACUUUUUUAAAAAGUUGCGUAGAAUAUUUUAAUAUCAUAGCUAAAGAGCACGGUUGUCAAAGCGCUUUAAACUUACGAGAUGAUAUGGAAACGCUUCUGAGAAAAACAGGCUCAAACCCACCCUUGCAUCAGUUGUUCAAAUUAGAAAUGCAAAAAGAACCUCAUCCCACAACACCUGGAAAAAAGAAAAUUGACGUUACACCCAUUGUUAGCAAGAAUCACCAGUUGACUAACAAGAAGAAAUAUCCUCCUAUCAUUGCUCAUAGUCGUCCCAUAUCGGUAGUACCUCCUAAAACAACGCAUAAUCAAACUUGCGUCACCGUGGACGAUCUUAUGCUGGAAACAGAUUCAACUGCUAUCGACCAAAAUAUUCCGAACAAUUUUCCUUUUUUCAUGGAAACUUGUUCUCAAAAACUUCCACACGUAGAUGCAACCCAAGACGAUUUACUGCUUGUAAGUAAUUUGUUAUUUUCUUGCUUUGUUUUGUCAUUUGUUACUUAUAUCUAUCGUUUGCAGACUGCAUCUCCACCUUCCCCAAUCAGAUUCGCACGCCAUGAACAUCCACGAUGCUUGUACGAUGAAUCCACCUUUCUUGUAGAUCUAAUUGCCAGGGACGAUUUCUUGACGGAAAAACUGGAUGGGUUGCUUAAGGAUGAAGAUUUCAACAUCGAUGGAAUUAGUACCGACCGAAGAUUUGAUUUUGGCACUCCAUCUAAUGAAACGAUAAUGAACAAUACUUUUCCAAAUCAUUUUCAAACGAUUAACUAUCUUGAGUCAAACGAAAAUUUUGCAGGCACCCCGGUAUACUUAUCGCAAGAUAUAUUGGCUGCAACAACAAUACAGGACUCCCAGGAAGCUAUGUUCUGAUAACAAUUAAGUACCUUCAUAAGAAAAAACAAUUAAAUUUUCAAAUUGUUCAACUCCUCGAUGAUGUCCAUGUGUUUGAACUUAUCCGGAUGUCUAGUAAACGUUUCAAGCAGAUGCAAUUUAGAUACAUUCUUCUGACAAUAAUAAAGUUGGACUUGAUUUGCUAAA